AUGCGCAAGACAAACGAAUGGGAACUCGGUCUUGUUCGUGACUGGCGUCCAUUGUUAUGUAUAUAUAUAUCAACUCUACCUAAACACCACGGUCAACCAACUCUACCUAAACUCCACGGUCAACCAACUCUACCUAAACUCCACGGUCAACCAACUCUACCUAAACACCACGGUCAACCAACUCUACCUAAACACCACGGUCAUCCAACUCUACUUAAACACCACGGUCAACCAACUCUACCUAAACACCACGGUCAACCAACUCUACUUAAACACCACGGUCAACCAACUCUACCUAAACUCCACGGUCAACCAACUCUACCUAAACACCACGGUCAACCAACUCUACCUAAACACCACGGUCAUCCAACUCUACUUAAACACCACGGUCAUCCAACUCUACCUAAACACCACGGUCAUCCAACUCUACCUAAACACCGCGGUCAUCCAACUCCACCUAAACACCACGGUCAACCAACUCUACCUAAACACCACGGUCAACCAACUCUACCUGAACACCACGGUCAUCCAACUCUACCUAAACACCACGGUCAUCCAACUCUACCUAAACACCACGAUCAUCCAACUCUACCUAAACACCAUGGUUAUCCAACUCUACCUAAACACCACGGUCAUCCAACUCUACCUAAACACCACGGUCAUCCACGUCUACCUAAACACCACGGUCAACCAACUCUACCUAAACACCACGGUCAUCCAACUCUACCUAAACACCACGGUCAUCCAACUCUACCUAAACACCACGGUCAACCAACUCUACCUAAACACCACGGUCAUCCACGUCUACCUAAACACCACGGUCAACUAACUCUACCUAAACACCACGGUCAUCCACGUCUACCUAAACACCACGGUCAACCAACUCUACCUAAACACCACGGUCAUCCACGUCUACCUAAACACCACGGUCAUCCAUCUCUACCUAAACAUCACGGUCAUCCAACUCUACCUAAACACCACGGUCAUCCAACUCUACCUAAACACCACGGUCAUCCAACUCUACCUAAACACCACGGUCAUCCAACUCCACCUAAACACCACGGUCAACCAACUCUACCUAAACACCACGGUCAACCAACUCUACCUAAACACCACGGUCAUCCAACUCUACCUAAACACCACGGUCAUCCAACUCUACCUAAACACCACGGUCAACCAACUCUACCUAAACACCACGGUCAUCCACGUCUACCUAAACACCACGGUCAACCAACUCUACCUAAACACCACGGUCAUCCAACUCUACCUAAACACCACGGUCAACCAACUCUACCUAAACACCACGGUCAUCCACGUCUACCUAAACACCACGGUCAUCCAACUCUACCUAAACACCACGGUCAUCCACGUCUACCUAAACACCACGAUCAUCCAACUCUACCUAAACACCACGGUCAUCCACGUCUACUUUAA